UCUACCUCUAACAAAAAUAUCUGAUCAAUUGUUUGAAGUUAAUAAUGAAAAUAAUAUAUCAUUUGAAUAUGAAAGAAUAAAUAAUUUUGAACAUAACUUUGAUGACAAUUAUAAUAUUUUUAGUGAUGAAAAUGAUAAUUAUGAUAAAACCAAUAAUCAUACUGAUAAUAAAGAGAGAAAUACUAUUAAUUUUUUACCUAUUACCUCUUAUUUUUCCCUAAUAUCUCCAACUGAAACUUCAAAAAAAAAAGCUAAAACUAAUGUAAUAUUUAAAAAAAGAAACAAGUCAUCUAGUCCUAGUUAA